GACAGCUGUAGAGAGAGAGGAGGAUCGCUGCCUCAUACAGCGUGUCUGAAUCAGAUGAGAGGGGGUCACCCAGGAUUCCCUUGAAGCUGCUCUUCAGGAAAAAAAAAUGUCCCCAGAUUUGGUUCCUACCUCGGUUACCGGAUAGGAUCAGCUCGACACUGCUGCUCCUGCUGCUGCUGCUUUAUCUUGUGUCAUCGAUUUUUUUUUUAAGAAGAUGCCGAAACGGGAAAGAAAAGUGAGGCAGACUAAACCGGGAAUAGAAAGACGCGUAAUAGGAAUCAGAAUUGCGAAAUCAUUUUUGUAAUUAAUCUGACUUUUUUUCCCCAGUUAUUUAUGAUUUUAGUGCUGGAUUUAUAUCAGAAUGACAAAAUAGCCUGUUAAUCGCAUUGGCUGGAUGCAGACUUUAACAUGAGCUAAACAUCUGAAUGGAGAUUUAAACGCGUUCUUGAUGCCCAAAACAUUCCGGGCUUUGCUCAACAGGCUAUGAAGUGAAAGUUUUACAUGUCAUUUUGAUGAAAUGGCAUCGUCUAUUUGCUUCAUAUCUUGCUCACAGUAGGUUGCUUCAGGCUAUGCAUUGACACCAAAGGCGAGUUACAAUCUGCAAGCUUGGUUUAACGCGCGGCGCAAGGUGCAAUCAGACCGACAAAUAUCCAAAAAACGGAGCGAGAGGGGGUUGAACUUUGCGGAUAAAAAAGGGGGGCUUUCCUUGUUUCAUGUGCUCGAGGUUUAGUCUAAAAUAUUAAGGACAGUAGCAAAGGGUCUGCCAAAAAACUCCGGAGAGCUUGGCUAUAUGAAGAUCGCGACACAGUUGUUGCUUUUCCCUCGCAGAAAUGCCAGUGCGUGCUGUGACCACCAGGUUCAUGUACAAGGGACUUUGCACUAUUCCAGAUGUCCUCUCCUACCGGACCCCUGUUAACCUGCCUGAGGAUGAGGUGGAAGAGAUUCGUGAGGCUUUCAAGGUAUUUGACAGAGACGGGAAUGGCUUUAUCUCAAAGCAGGAGUUGGGGAUGGCCAUGCGUUCGCUGGGCUACAUGCCCAAUGAGGUGGAGCUGGAGGUUAUCAUCCAGAGACUCGACAUGGAUGGCGAUGGCCAGGUUGGCUUUGAAGAAUUUGUCACAUUGCUCGGCCCUAAACUCUCUGCAGCUGGCAUGCCUGAUAAGUUCCAUGGAGCCGACUUUGACUCAGUGUUUUGGAAGUGCGACAUGCAGAAACUGACAGUGGAUGAGCUUAAGAGACUUCUUUACGAUACCUUUCGUGACCACCUCACUAUGAAGGACAUUGAAAACAUCAUCAUGACUGAGGAGAACCACCUGAACAGUCCAGAGUCCCACGUGGACAUCGACACAAGCCCAACACAACAGGAGAAACACACGUGUGUGCGUAAAAGCCUGAUUUGUGCCUUCGCUAUUGCAUUUAUCAUCAGCGUCAUGCUCAUUGCAGCAAAUCAAAUGCUCCGCAGAGGGAUGAAGUAAAUACGAGUUUCCAGUUGGUUACAAAAGGAUUUAAGGACAGAUGACUGAAGAAAAGCAAAUGUUAACCAAAAUACUUCAUUUUUUUGGUUUUAUUCACACUCGACACCCAUAAUGAUGCUCUUGUCUCUACAGUGGAUGAAAUGAUGUCAUGCAGUGGUUCUAUUCAGCCACUAAUCAUUGCAUACAACAGUGAAAUAGAGUGAAUGAAAGAAAGGCAUCUCAAGGGCUGAUUAGUAUCUAAAACCAGUAGCAUCUCACUGAUUCAAAUUUCUGAUGUUUUCUAAGGACUUAGACAGGAAAGUAGACUCAAAUAAUCAAAUAUUUAAGUGUACAUCAUGUGCCGUAAUAAUAGCUGUGCUGUGUCGAUGCAUUUAACGUUGUUUCUGUCAUUUGGAACGCACCAAAUAACAACAGUACUGAAGCAAUACAAAAGCGGGCGACGUGCUACGAAGCUGAAGACACAAGGACGCGUCGCUGCACACUGCAUACUGUGUCUCUUAUGUGUAUGUUUACUGCAGUGUGUCGGGAUUUUCAGGAUAGAAGUAGAACACACAUCACAUCCAGUUUAAGACUUGGCUAAACCAGCACCAUCUGUGAUCUAAAUCGUACCAGCGUAGCCCUGCUAAUUCAACACACAAGACUGGACUACUCAUGGCUCUGAGGGUGGCACUUUCAGUCUGCUGCUCGGUGAAACUUUAGUUGGACCAACACUUUGAAUGAUGGACAGCUUCCCCUGAAACUUUGUGCAGAUAUUUGUAGUCUAAUGAAUUCAGUGAUGCCCUGAUUUUAACUCUAAAAGUCACCAGGAGGUUGAUACUUUUGGUCAUUUUGUCAUAGCAGUUUCAUCAGCAUGUUAAUGCUGGGGUCAAUAUAUAAUUGAGGGACUUUUGAAGUCCAUGGGAUAUACCUUGCAUGCAUUUUUAUUAAAAGUAAAAAAAUAUAUUUUUAUGUUCUUUAUGACCAUGUCUUUACAAAUUCCAUAGUUAGUUAUUAUGGAAACAAUCACUUAUUUAUAAAAAAAAAAAGACUGGAUAUCACUAAAAUGCCAAUUAAAUAUCCGUCACAAUUUAACAACCACCUUCUGAGUAGCUAAACAAUAAUAAAAUGAACUUAUUCAAAAAUUGUUUUGAUUGCGUUCUUUCUAUUAAGUUGAGAUAAUCAUGACAGAUAUUUCUUUUUUGCCAAUAUAUCAAAUUCUAUAUGGAAAAUAACAUAUUGUAUCUGUGUCUGAGAAAUCACUUUCCACUAAGUUCCCCAUUACAAAAACACCUCUCCAGGAAGUGUGUUAAUUCCAGAUCACAUGACCUGCUCCACAUGAUGUCAUUUCCUCCUGAAGAAAAGACUGGCAAGACUCCAAGGCUUUCUGAGUUAUUUAAUAUAAAGUAGUGUGUGAUUUAUGGCAUGCCAACAGGUUUAUUAAAAUAACUUUAGAAAUAACUUUCUAUUUCAAUUUUACUCAAUUGUAUAUAUAAUAUUUUGGAAGAAUCUUUCUGUAAAAAUGCCAUGUGGUGUUUGGUUAUAGGCGGCCAUGUUGAUUUUAGGCCUGAAAACAGCAGAAAUGUCAACUAAGAUACAAAAAGUCCCACAAUUCUAUAUUGACCCACUGCCAUUGUUGUCAUUUUAAUAUCAGUUUUUAGGUCAAGCCACUGCUAAAUCUAUGAGCAGUCUGUGAAGUGCACUGAUUUUUAUUCAUUUCUUUUUUUCUACUUAGAUGCAAGAAAUUGAAACACAUUUCAUUCCACAGUUCCCAGCACAGCUUGACUUGAACUGAAGGCACAUGACAUUUAAAAGAGUGGACAUGAAUAGAAUAAAAAAAGUUUGCUGUCCAAAUUUUUAUAGUAACAAGUACAAGGAACCCAGUAAUUGGUGUAAAGUGGUGAACAAGCACAGGAAAAACACUGCUGUAAAGAGAAAUGAUUCCUCAACUGCAUGCUAUGUACUCCAGUCAAGGUAGCUGCAGAAAAAGUCCCACAGAGCAUUUCUAAAGAUGUCACGGUUUUCCUGCGAAUUAAUUACUUUGUUUGGAAGCUCAGAAGGAGCCCUCUUGGCUGAGCGGUUUGGGAUUGCUUUCUAAAUCAAAUAGAUGAUUUGUCAGCUGAAAUGUGAACAGCUGUAGGUUGAAGAAUUAAAACUGAAGUGAACUUCAAAUUAAAAGCGUGACAUAAAACUAAAUCAGAAAAGCUCUUUUAAAAAAAUAUCAAACAGGAGUGAGUGCAUGGGUGUUAGUGUAAGAAACUCAGACUAGAAAUAAAUAUUGAUCUCUUGACUUUCACACACCUGUUUUGUAUUCAGUCUGCCUGCGAUACAUGCACAGUGAUGAUGCAUAUUUCGAAUCUGUGCAUCUAAAGCAGACAUGAGUCAUCCUGAGUCACAGAGAAAGUCGAGGGAGUAGCUGUAGAACCCGAGCUACCAGCGAAGAGGAAGUUAAGCAAGUGUAGUUUAGACAAAAGUACGUAUUAACUGUAAUAUUUAUAGCAAAUGAGUAUGAAGCAAUCCACACGGCACACUUGCAUGUACAUUAAAUUAGAAUUAAAUGUGUGUUCUAUGUGUGUGAGAUCAAUUUUUGAAUUCUGAUGUAUGUGUUCAAAUAUGCAAUUUGUAAAGUGAUCAUUGCAAAAAAGAAAGAAAAAAAACUCAGUAUUUGACAUUUUCCUGUAAAUGUCGAUAUUUUUUUUGUGGAUGUGCAGAAAAUAUCAAAACUCCAAACACUCUGCAGUACGCUGUGAACAAUGAUUUAACAUAUCAUGACAAAUGUUGUUUUCUGGCUUUUACAUGGACCACCAAAACAACAUAUUGUUUAAUUAAUGGUUAUAUUUUCUUACUUGGAUAAGUGACACAUUAAAUCUAUGUGAUUUUAUUAUGAAUAUAAGCAUAAUGUUUUGUAUAAAAAAACACAAACAAGAAAAAAAAAAUCAGGCUUCUGAUAGAUCAUUUCCAGGCUGACUGGACAUUCAGAUACAAGUUCUUGUGUGUAUUAAGACCAUGCACUUACAUUAACCUUUCUGAUUUAUUUUCUUUAACAACACUUGUCAAAUCUGACAAGUUUUACAAAAUGCUAUAUAUUUUUUCUUGCUCUUUCUAUCUUUAUCGAAGCUAUACCACAAGAGGGAAAGUAUGAUGCAGUGAGAAUCAUUCUGGCAAUAAAACAGAUAUUUUAUCUUGUAUAUCGUAGCUGUUUAUGUAAAAACUAUUUAUAUGACAUCACAUUACCUCCUCAUAUGAACAUAUCAUGUAAGGUAUGGCUUUUGUGUGAAUGUAAAAUAUAGUUGCUGUGCAAAUCUUGUCUUAAGAUAUAUAAGCAAAUAUCGUCCUAUUCUGUAUGUUACAGUGUUUUAAUGAGAUUUAUGUAAAAUUUGUUGACAGAUUGUCUUAACUGUUGUCAAAUUUCAUUUGAACUGUGGUUGUCUUUUGUUCUGUGCCUUUGUCAUUUGGAGUUUUAAAAACUGCACUCUCAUGCCAUUGAAGUAACUUCAGAAAGACUUGGGAAAUCAUUUACACAACUAUAUCAUAUCUGAAGAAAAUGAAGGGUAUUUUUGAAGUGAAAUGACUCAUCAGUACACCAGUAAGCAUUUCUGAAUUAUCUUUCUCUUUCCCUCCUGUUCUUGAUAGACGUUCCUCAGACUUCCAGGUAAUAUUUGUUGUAUCAUUCUGCUGUGUCACAUAGUAGUUUUAAUGUCUAGACAGACAGCAUCCUGCUGGCGCGGUUUUAUUUCUGUAACUGUCAUUGCACAUGUAGAGGUUACUGCAUCAAUUACACACUAAUGUAAGAGGUGUUUAGAUGCAUGUAGUCCAAUAAAAACCAAGUGCGUUAAAAAGGA